AUGGUUAAGAGCAACGACCUCCAAAGUGUAGCAAUUUCCCACUUUAAAGGUGGGGAAAAGGCUCCGGAAAUUGCAAAAUUAUUGACAAAUAAGGCCGAUCGAGUCACGAUACAUCGCUGGUUAUGUCGUUAUAAACAAUCUGGUCCAAUUAGCGUUAAACCAAAAUCAGGAAGACCAAGAGCUGGACGGACAAAACGACUCAUCAAUUUAGUCAAAACAAGACUUAAUUCCAACGUUCGUCGAAAAAGUAUACGAACCAUGACGAAAGAUUUCAAAAGUACAUAUGCGACCAUCAGAAGAGUACUUGUUGAAGAUUUGGGAAAGAAAUGCUAUCGAAAAAUUAAUGUUCAAAAGCUGAAACAAGAUCAAAAACCAAUUAGAAAGCAAUGUUGCACAUGGAUUAGAAAGAACAUUGAUCGCCGCAAAGCGGAAAAUAUGAUGGUUACAGAUGAAAAAAUAUUUACAAAGAAUGGUUAUAUUAAUCCUAAAAAUGAUGUUGUAUGGGCUGACAGUCGAUGUGAUACUAAUGACCGUGGCGGUGUUCACGAAAAAGAAAAAUUUCCAGCGUCGAUCAUGAUUGCAUUCGGGGCAACAUGGAACAGACCUACGGAACCGUAUUUUUUUAGAAGGAUAAACGGUUAA